AUGGCUCUCCCUCGUCACUCUCUUCGACUUUGCACUUGUACUGCCAACUUUCAACUCUUCAAAACUUCUAAAACUCCAUUUAUUCGCCGUCGCUUUACGACUAGUUACACAAAUUUAUUCUUUCACCCUUAUUCUCUUAAGAUGAAUGGCCACGGCGAUCUAAACAACUCCCACGCCGGGAGGACUACGGUCCAAUUGACUCCCGACCCAGCUCACGCCUAUCGGUCCCUCGCCAUUGACCCUUCCGAUGACAUUUCUGAAAUUCGAGAGACAUACCGUCCGUUUAUUCUUAAUGACAAGUACAUAAAGGAUGAUUGGGUUGCAGAAUUGGAGCUGAGCACAGUUAUCCAAAUGGUUCAGUCCGAGAUUCUCGGUAGAGGCCUAGAUCGUCUCCGUAUCCUGGUCCUCUACGGUAGUCUGCGGAGUCGAUCAUAUUCCCGCUUGCUCGCCUUCGAAGCUGCCCGAAUCCUCCAUCGCUUGGGCUGCGAUGUUCGAGUCUACGACCCAGCCGGCCUCCCUCAAAAAGACGAUGUUCAACACAAUCACCCUAAAGUUCAGGAGCUCCGCGAGUUGAGCAAAUGGAGUGAUGGUCACGUUUGGAUAAGCCCAGAGCAACAUGGAAACUUGACUGGCAUCUUCAAACAACAAAUCGACUGGAUCCCCCUCUCAACCGGCUCAGUCCGUCCAACCCAAGGUCGAACCCUCGCCAUCGCCCAAGUCAGCGGCGGCUCGCAAUCAUUCAACUCGGUCAACUCAUUACGGAUUCUCGGACGUUGGAUGAGAAUGUUUACGAUACCGAACCAGAGUUCUGUGCCCAAGGCUUAUACACAGUUUACAUCUGAAGAGGAGGGAAGUCGUAUGCUGCCCAGUGGAAAUCGUGAUCGCCUUGUAGAUUGUAUGGAAGAGCUUGUGAAGUAUACGAUUGUAAUGAGGCCGCAUUUUGACCUGUUUGGGGAUCGGUUCAGUGAGAGGGAGGAGAGGAGGGCGAAGGAGGUGGUAAAAUAG